AUGGCUGCGACGGUACAAUUUACCUAUGAUUAUGCAAUUCCUACGGUCACUUCGACCUUACUUCAUCCACUUGUGUACGCGAGGACCAUGAUGAUGCUGGGCUAUGAACCAGAGCCUCCUGUACUUCGACCCGUAUUGUAUACGUUAAUCGACAAGAACUAUCGACGACUGGUCUAUCCAAAUAUAUUCAGCUAUCUCAGCCGUCUACGUGAAGAUGUCGGCCUGUUCCGUCUUUUCACCACGGGAUUACCAGCCAGUAUUUUUGGUGCCUAUAUCAAAUCACAUACGACUGAGCAUAUAAUGGAGACCUCCAAAUUGACGGCUGCCCGUGUGGCCGGGGUGGCGGUCAGUUAUCCGUUUCAAGUGAUAAUGAUUCGUCAAAUGGCGGAAUUUCUGGGCUCGGAUGGUUCCUACAGUAAUCUUCUGCUUGCCAUCCCACGUAUGAUCAAACAGGAGGGAAUACUUAGUUUAUUCAAUGGAUUGAUUCCACGAUUAAUGGGCGAGAUCGUCACUGUAUGGCUGAUCAGUUGUUUUGUCUACGUGCUCAAUCAAUCACUGUCCAGUUUCUUCGGCACUGAUCAUCUCAGUGCACUCCGGUUGGUUUAUCCCCUCUCACCUGGUCUGCACAUUCCAAGUCAACUGGGCCACUCAUCCGGAUCGUCAACACAUCAUGCCCGAGAUCCGCAGACCAAGUGUAAAGCAAAAACCAGUGCGAGCUAA